GAAAGUAACGGCGUGUGCGCCUGAGAUGCGGCUGUUGCAGGGUGAAAACAUGGAUGUUUGUAGCGUGUUUCUUCUUUUACAACAUAAUAUCCAGGUCAUUUAUCGAUCCGACCAACACGUGAAUAUAUGGGAAGAUUGUUUAACAUCCAUUGCAGUACACUUCAACUCUGUUUCCUCUGACCUUCACUCUUAGAUCCUCGUUCAGAGGUCAACCUCUGUGACAUCAUCAUGCAGGACCAAUAUGUUAGCAUUCAUGGGCUUAACAUCACCCACAGCCCUCUUGCAGCACCAGCAAUGUCUAUCGACAAUCUCUUCCCGGCCCUGCUGGAAUGCUUUGGCAUCAUCCUGUGUGGGUAUGUGGCGGGUCGCAGUGACAUCAUCAGCGUGGGACAAGUCAAAGGCCUGGGCAGCUUUGUGUCAUGUUUUGCACUUCCAGCCCUGCUCUUUAAGAACAUGGUGGAGCUGCGGUUCGAACACGUUGUCUGGUCUUUUCUAUGGAGCAUCUUAAUCGCAAAAGUGUGUGUGUUCUUGUUGGUGGGUGUCUUGACCCUGUUGGUGGCGAGUCCAGAGAGCAAAUUUAGUAAAGCUGGACUGUAUGCUAUCUUUGCCACUCAGAGCAACGACUUUGCACUGGGCUAUCCAAUAGUGGAUGCUCUGUACAGAAGUUCAUACCCGGAGUAUGUACAGUAUAUAUAUCUGGUGGCCCCUGUGUCAUUGAUUUUGCUAAAUCCAGUGGGCUUUGCGCUGUGUGAGAUCCAGCGAUGGAGACAGACCACCGACUGCAACUACAGCAAACUACACGUGAUGUUUACUGUCGUACUGCAGAUUUUGAAGAAUCCAAUAGUCUUCAUGGUUAUUGUAGGAAUUCUCUCCCAUUUUCUGUUUGGUGGGCGUGUCCCCGUUUUGCUCGGGGAGUUUGUUGAUGGACUGGCAAACUCGUUCGGUGGGGCGGCGCUCUUUUACCUGGGACUGAACAUGGUGGGACAGAUGCGCAAGCUCACGCGGACAACAGGGGUUUCUCUCAUUUUGCUUAUCACUGCCAAACUGCUGGUUAUGCCGUUGAUGUGUAAAAACAUGGUGGAGUUAUUAGAUGCUGGUAAUUUCAGUUUUGUGAAUCACUCCAGUCUGUCUGAUUAUGCUUUCUUGUAUGGAGUCUUCCCUACCGCACCCAGUGUGGGCAUUUAUGCUGCCCAGUACAACAUGGAGCUGGAGGUGGUGACCUCUGGGAUGGUCAUCAGCACAUUCCUGUCAGCGCCCAUCAUGUAUGUGUCGGCAUGGUUACUGACAAUUCCAUGGAUGGAGGCCACGUCCCUUGUGACGGAGUUACAGGACGUGAGCUUGAACAUCAGUGCUGUCAGUCUAAUAGCCCUGGUUUGGACGCUUGCUGUCAUGCUGCUGAGUAAGAAGUUUAGGACACCACCACAUAUGUUUGCCACAAAUCUGUUCUUUGCACAGCUCCUAACAUGCGUGUGGAUGAUCAUCUGGAAGUUUGUGCUUGAGCAGGGGAGUGCGUUUGGCCAGAUUGUCAUCUUUACUCUUCUCUACGGGUGUCUGUACAGUACCUACAUGUGGACAGGUCUUUUGGCGUUUUCUCUCACAUUAUUGAGGAGAAAUGAAAAUUUGAAGGUGAAACCGUGGAUUUUCAUGGUGUUCGGAUGGGGCAUUCCUUUUGUCGUUGUGAGUGGUUUGCUUAUAGUAGGACAAAGAAUGAUGGACAACUUUGACUCUGCCUUCUUUUACGGCAAAGGGCAGAUGGUGUGUACUCUUCUGGUUUUGGGCUGCAGCAUCGUUCUGGGUGGCCUGUCUCUGAUGGGUUUGGGCCGAGGGGUCCAGGAGGAGCAGAACUAUGAAGCCCUUGUGCAGAACUUCAUGACGGGUACAACAGAAGAUGUGAGACACCCCCAAACAGACAGCCAGUACUCACCAGUGCUUACACCAACCCACAGCAGCCUCAACACGGAUGGUUUUGGUAGCGAACCAAUGCCAGAUAUGAUAGUUGGACAUCUGAACGACCCACCAAGGCCAUCAACAGGGGUUCUGCUGAGCGAGGCGUCAGGCUCUACUCGCGUACAGGAGGGGAGACAGAUAGCUCGGCAUGUACUCCUUUGUCUGCUUCUGAUUAUCAGCUUGUUGGCGAACCUGUCCAGCUGCCUGUGGUGGUUGCUCAAUGCAGAUCCAGGGCGACUCUACCUGGAGUUGCAGUUCUUUUGUGCUGUAGCCAAUUAUGGACAGGGUUUUAUAUCCUUUGCGCUUUUUGGGUUGGAUGAACAUUUUAUCAUUCUUCCAUUCAAAAAGAGGCUGGCUGCUCUGUGUGGUUUCGGGCAGGGUGAAAACCCAGAGCCAACCGCAGUGCAAGAGGAGAUUCGACUCACCUGUACGCAGUUCGUGCGCUACCACAAAGAUCAGUGUGUUCAGGAUGUCGUACGUAACAGAGGUGGAUCUUCUGAAUCUCUUACCGGACCAGUAGGAGAAUCCUUUCUUUGAUCGACAAAGUGUGGUCAAUGGUACCUGCGCUGUCGGUUCAUUUUGUGGGUGUGGUCAAAGAUAGCUGACUUGUUGCUUUCAGAAGAUUUGCUAUAUCUGUGUGGUUUACAAUAUCCUGGAAUACUAUUAAGUGAUCAAGUAAAUGGGUGCCCACUUUAGGUGAUGUGACACAAUUUCAAACAAGGAUUUUAAUCACCUGGACAAGGACUUAAAUCAGCAAUCAACUGGAAAACACUUAAAAUGGAGCACCAUGAUGUUUUGUAUUUCCUAAAUUUCUAUGCAUGGCAUGUAAGUGCCAUAGGAUUCUUUUUUAUCUCAUGCACAAAUGUUCAAGAGCUCAUAAACGUCUGCACUGAUUACUGCAAUGGUGAUUUAAUAGUAAACACUGAAACCCUCACAGGCCAAUUGUCUACAAACUUACUUGUGACUGGAAUUUUGAUAGUAUGCUUUGUGUUACUUGCGAGUCUUGAUGGCAUUGUAGCAAAGGAAUACAUGUCAUGUUUACAAAGCUCAGCUUUGAGAUUUUCCCACAGUUAUGUUUUAAGAGUAGAUAACUGGACAUUUAGCUCAUUUCUACUGAUCGAAGUAUGUCUGGUAUUUAUAAUAGUAAAUUUUUUCAACCUAUAGCACUGUUUACCUGCAUGUUCUUAUGUGUUGCUGAUGUGAAUCUGUUUAAGUCAUGAAAAUUAUCUUUCUGUGACUGAGUACCUCAUAGCCUCAUAUCUAGAUGGCAUUAGAAAAAAAAAGAAAGUGGUCAGUGGUAAAAACUGUACUGUAUUGUUUCCUUCUUUAUUGAAGUCAAUCAUUGUUUAUGCAACAUACAUUGUUUGUAUAAUAAAGUUUAACUAGUGUCAUAAGAUGGAUGUAAGUGCCAAUAGUUUCUAGACUGUAGUAAAGCAUUUCAGACUUAAAAUGUAUAAUUUCGUAAAUAAUAACAU